AUGGGACAACAUCUGCUCUCCCAACCCUUGCAGACAGACCAGCAGCAAACUGAGCCCUGCCACCGCCCCAAGCAACCGCAGCGGCGCAAACCCCGUGUUUUGUUCUCCCAAACUCAGGUGUCGGAAUUGGAGCGGCGAUUCAAGCAGCAGAAAUACCUCUCUGCUCUGGAAAGGGAACACCUGGCCAACGUGCUCCAGCUCACAUCCACCCAGGUGAAAAUCUGGUUCCAGAACCGGCGUUACAAAUGCAAGAGGCAGAGGCAGGAUAGAUCCCUGGAGAUGGCCACCUACCCACUGCCACCACGUAGGGUGGCUGUUCCGGUGCUGGUCAGAGAUGGCAAUCCUUGUUUUGGGGGAUCCCAACCCCACCUGGCUCCUUAUGGGGUCACCGUCGGCCCCUACUCCUAUAGCACCUACUAUGGUGCCUAUGGGGUGAGCUAUGGGGUGGGCUACACUGGGGUGCUCACACCGUGAGAUUGGGCUCAGCACCAGUUGGGAUGUGGCCCAGGAAAGGGAUGGGGGC